ACCCUUUACAGGUGUAUAAAAUUCCUUUAAUUACAAUAAAAGAUAAGUUCACGCUAUUUGUGAAAUUCCUUUAAUAUAACUUGAAAUGAAUAUUUGCAUUUAAACUUAAAAAAGUUAAUUUAUACAACUGCCAAAACGUAACGAAACAAAUAUAAUUAAACCGCACAAACAAAUAAAAGUUGCCGCCCUUUUUUUCCUCUCCCACCCAACGUUUUUUCUAUUAAACGUAAUAAAACUAAGAAGCAUCGUUAAAUAACUCUAACAUUAUUCAAAUAUUAAGGCUAUUAUCCAACUAUUACUCACUUUAGAGUUAAAGUUUAAAAUAAAUUUGUAAUCAAAAUUUAUUGCUUUAAAAUGGAAACAAAUUCAGUCAGUCCUUUGCCCGAUGCACCCCUGGCCAUGAUGGAAAACGAGAAGACACCACCGGGUACACCCUCUGGCAAUGAUAUGCCACCACCGCCCGAUGAAAAACGCUACGAAGAAGAUCCCGAAAAUGCCUGGCAUUGUGGUUCGUGGUUUGAAUAUUUAUUAAUUGUCAUCUUGUCCACCAUACUGUUGGUGGGCGUGCUGGUGUUGACUUUGUUCUGGGUCAUAUUCUAUAGGGGUGGCUUUGCAUGGUCGGAAAAUCCUGAUUUGCAAUUCAAUUUACAUCCUGUUUUAAUGGUGGCUGGUUUCAUAACAUUCUCGGGAUUUUCUAUACUUUUGUAUCGUCUGUGCCGUUGUUUGAAACAUAUUUAUGUUAAACUGGUUCACAUGCUGUUCCAUGCCUGUGCCAUACCAUGUAUUGCUUUGGGAUUUUUGUCUGUAUUCGAUUCGCACAAUCUAUCAGAGCCUCCCAAGCCCAACUUCUAUAGUUUACACACAUGGUUGGGUUUCGUGACAAUGGGCAUGUUUGUAAUGCAAUUUGUCAUCGGUUUCUUCAGUUUUUUGAUUUUAUUAUGCUGUGAGAAUCGCACUUACAACUGUCGUGCCACAAUGGUACCCAUACACGCCAGUUUUGGUUUGGCCAAUUUUAUGAUGGCUGUUGCCACCUGUGUUACCGGUCUGGUGGAAAAAGAACGUCAACUGGUGAGCGGUGCAAAUGGUGAAAAUGCAUUGAGCACCCGAAAUUCCGAAAUCGAACAUUAUAUUAUGAACUCCCUGGGCAUAGUUUUGGUGGCCUUAGGCAUUAUUGUUUCUGUAGCUGUUAGACGAUCAAAUGCUCCAGCCACUGCCAAAGUCUAUGUAACUGAACGGAUUUAAGUUCAACGACGACCACAACAAAAAAGACAUGAUUUUCAACAAAUUCAAAGAAAAUUUCCUUUGAAUCAACCAAUUAUACUUCUAAUACCACCAUCACCACCCUCAUUCUUUGAUUUGAAUCAGAAUCAAGAGAAUAAUUUUUGUUGAUUUUAAAUUUAAAAAAAAAUUAAUAUUUUGUUAUUGUAUGAUUUUGUUUAAAUAAUAUUUUUUUUUACAUAAAAAAUAAUAUUGUAAUUUUGUUUUCUAUUAUUUUUUUAAAAAACAAAAUUAUGAAAUAAUCAAAAACGCAUAUCUAAGUAAAUAAAUAAAUAAAAAAAUCAUUUAACAAAUAUUCAAAAAAUUAUGCCAAAAAUUAAAAAAAAAAAUUAUAUAAAAAAUCGGAAACUUUUACAUAAAUUAUAAUCAAAAUAUUAUAUAGUAACUAGUAAAUAAUAAAUAUACCACAAUAUGAUAAAUUUAAUCAUGUUAAUUUUUUUCUAUUUGGUUUCUAAAUAUUUUUAAAAUUUCUUUAACAUAGACUCUUAUUAAGUAGUUUGUAUCUAGAUGUUUUAUUUUUUUUCCAGAAUCUCGAGAAAAUCGUUAUUUCUUUUCUUUUUGUAUACAUAGCAAGAAAUUUUCCUUUUCCCAAAACUAAAAUCAAAAAACCAAAAUAAAAACAGAACCAGUUCAAAAACUAUAUAAUAUAUAAACAAUUAAAAAAAAAUGCCACAAAUUAUUACUAAUAUUUAAGAAAUAAUUGUAGUUAAUUAUUCAUUUUUUAUUAUGUGUUUUUAUUUUUAAUUUUUUUUGUAAAACAAUCUACAACAACAAAAUAUUUGCUAAGACAUUAUUAAAAUCAAAAAAACAAGAAUCUUAAAUGAUUAUUAUACAAUUAUUAUUAUUAAUAAUAAACAAUUAUUUAUUUUAAAUGGA